AUGUCGAUCUCAACAUCUGCCAAAUCUCUCGUCCCCAGUGACCCGGCGAAGGUCAUGGUCAUUCGUGACAUCACUCCCAACAUCACCACCCUCAGCGUACCCUUUUUCCGCUUCGGACACAUCAAGGUCGGUGGUCGAGGCACCCUGGUCAAGCUACAGACUGGCAAUGUAGCUGUCUUCUCGCCCGUGGCCUUCACUUCGGACGUCCAGGCCAAGCUCAAGUCCUUAGGACCUGUCAAGUACAUCGUCGCGCCGGAUAUCGAGCACCACAUCUUCGUUUCCAUGUGGGCCAAGGAAUACCCCGACGCUGAAGUCAUUGGCAUGGAAGGCCUGCCAGAGAAGAGAGAGGGCGACCCCGCGACAAGAGGCACGAAAUUCGCACACGUCUUCUCUGCGAAGAACAAGCUCGACCUCAAGAUCAGCCCCGAAUUUGACGCCGAAUUCUCCUACGAAUACUUCCACUCCCACGUCAACAAGGAGCUCGUUUUCCUGCACAAGCCAAGCAGAACAAUGAUUGAGGCAGAUUUGAUCUUCAACCUUCCAGCCACUGAGCAGUUCUCGAGAACUGGCCUAGAUGCCAGAGCCGGCAUCCUCACCAAGAUUUUCGGAGGCAUCAUGAACACCAGGGGCGACGCAACCUGGCAUAAGCGCUUCCUGUGGUACGGAGCUGGUAGCAAAGACCGGACAGGCUUCGCAGAGUCGGCCAAGCGAAUCAAGGCGUGGGACUAUGACAGAGUCAUCCCCUGUCACGGCGACGUAAUUGAGACAGGCGGCAAAGCUACUGUCGAUAAGAUAACGAGCUGGUUUACAGAGAGCAAGCAUUGA